GCCAGUGUACGCGAUAACGUGUCAACAUAACGGUUGCCGCUGUUGCUGCUGCUUCUCGUCCGUCGGUGCUCUGGCGGCGAGUUUUACGAAUUAUCGCGCAGUGUGUGACGAUAGAUUCGCCGAGAGCCUCGAUGUAUGUGCGUGUGUAUGCGUGUGACCAGGCGCUAUACGCAAAUUAAUUUUCAAUUUUAUAUACACAGGCAUACACGAGCAUACGCUCGGCAGUAGCAGCGACAGACUCCGCUACUGUGCACAGGAGCGCGUAUCAUUAGUACUAUCGCGCCUGUCGCUAUAUUCGCGUGAUGAGUUUGAAAUUAAAUACGUCAUUAAUCGAAAAAAAAUGGUGGAUGAAAGUAACAACGAUGUCAAAAAAAGACAAACUAUUAAAAGCUGGAAUCGGCCGGAUGGGCCUUUGAACAUUUGGAGAAUAAUUGAGGGCGAAGAACAUCAGAAUGAUGGUACGAAGAAAAAAAUAAAAUUCUCCAUCCAAGAUAUUCCUGAAGAGCAUUAUCAAGACGUCAUAAAGCACAUGUGUGACUACUUUGUUGCCGAUGAAGUCACUUGUCAAUGUUCAAAAAUUAAAGAUGAUGAAGAAGCAUUGAAUGAUUUUCGGAUUUUGUGGGACUAUUUAUUGAAAAUAGGAAUCAGUGUAGCCGCCUACAAGCUUGAUUCGAACAAUCAAAUUCAAGAGCUAGCCGGAGUCAAUAUUCUUUUUCCAGUAACCGACGAAAUAGAAGAGGCAAUAGAAAAUUUUAUGAAAAAUUUCAAAUCUCAAGGCUCUCGAAAAAUAUUUGAAUUUAUGCAUGAUCUGAACGAAAAAGCUCCCGACGUUCGUGAUAUCUACAAAGUUGACACAUACAUUUCAGCGUUGGGUCUCAGUGUUCAUCCCAAUUUUAGAGGACAGAAACUUGGAGUCAGACUUCUUGAAUCAAGAACCGACAUAGGACGCAAAUAUGGGUUGACCGCAACUUCGACGGCUUUUACAGCACCGGCAUCUCAAAUACAAGCGGAAAGAGCCGGUUUCGAAACGGUGUUCGAGCAAGACUAUGCUUCAGUUCUUGAUGACGAAGGAUCUUUAAUUUUUCCCAAUAUUAAAUCAAAAUCAGUGAAAAUUAUGAUCAAAAAGUUGAAUUAAAUAGCCAAAUACAACAUCCACCUUUUUGAUUAUGUGUAAGAUGUAAAUACAUGUAGAUACGUACAUUAUUAAUGAUUAAUUUAAUGUAAAUAAUCAAGUUUUAUUAAAGUCAGAUGAAUGUAACUCUUAUUUUAUUAAAUUUAUAGCGAAAUAAUUUAAUAUAUUUGUUCUUUGUCUUGUAACAAGAUUUCGUUCACGUAUUAUCUGACGGUAUUUACAUGAAUAUUAAGUAUUGAAAGUAUCAAAUGAAAACUCGAGCAUCGACUUAAGUCAUCUUUUGUUAUUCGUGUUUAUUUAACUCUUCAUCGCAUAUGUUUGAGUCUUUGUGCUCUUUAUCUCAUUUCCAUAGUCUAUUGUAAUUGCAAAUACCGUUUAUUUUUAAAAUAACUAUUAUGCCCUUACAGAAUAAUCAAAGAAAUUUCGAAACAUAAAACGAAGUUCUCUUUUAAUCCAAUGCAUAUCAAUUCGAAAAAUAAUAUGAUGGGGCAAACUUACAGUCUGUUGGAUAGUGAACUACUAUAUGUACUUUUUCCGUAUUAAAGAAAUCUGAUACAAUAAUAACGUAGGAGAUAAAGCGUUCAUUCUUUUGUCAAUGUAUUUAUGUCAUUUUUUCUAUUUGUUAAAUGCCAUAUGUAUAUCCUGAUAAUAAAAUAAUCGGAUAAGCUA